GGCGCCUCACGGUGGGAAUGCUAUGAAUGUGGAAAUCCUUUAUAUCUAGAGAUCUUCCAGUUUGUGUCACGUCUUGAUUUGGACUAACUACAUUUCAAGUGCUCAAGAGUCUUUUGUGGUUAGUGGCUACUGUAUUGGACAGCACACUUUCAGCUUUGGCAGCAUGUGAGCAACUUCUUGCCAAGAACCCAGGUCACCGGUGAGGAGGGGGCCUUAGGGAGAAGAAUAUCCAGAGGAAACCAAUGCCAGGUGCGCCUGAAAUUACACUCACUGCAGGCAGCAUGAGCCAUUCUGUGCCAGCUUCUGUGUCCUACUGGCAAAGACUGUAGCUCUGCAGGAGGAGGGUCCUGGAAGCAGAAAGCACCAGGAGCCUUUCUAGAGGAAGAAUGGGGCCAGAUGUGAACUCUCUACAGUGAACACAGUUUUCAGUUCAUGAAGGAAUUUUACAUAAAAUAAUUAUUUAAUUUCCACAUAUUCAAGUUCAGUAGCCGUCUGUGUGAAGUGCCAGCAGCCACCCCCCUCUACAGGAAUUAUCAGGAUUUUUCUGGCACCACAUCGAACUCUUCUUGGUACUUCUGGCAAUGACAGAUCUGCUGGACAGAUUUAUCUGCUAAAUGCUCUUGAGCAGGAAAGAAAGUAAAACCUGUGGAAGCAGUAUAAGGAUAGCAGAGCAGAGAUCCCUCCCUCGCUGCUCACUUUCACAGAAACUCUGCCUGGGCUCAGAUGCUUUUACUGAAGACUUACCCUGCUGCAUUCAUCUCCAAAGGCCCUCGGUUCUUGGGAGUCAGCCAUUUUGGGGCUCCUUCUGUAGCCCUUUUCUGCUCUUUUUACUCCCAACCUUUCUGUUCAGGCAGUCAAAUGAUAUGAACUUUGGAAUGGAGCUUGCUAUAUUUUGGGGACCUGCUUCCUGUCCCAGGCUGUUGCUGUCAGAGAGGACCUUUUGAGAGCUGUGGUUUGUUCCUGGGGAGGAGGCCCUGGCCUUGCCUGCAGUCUCCACCAUGAUCCUGCUGCUGCCUUUUGAUAGCCUGAUUGUCAACCUUCUGGGCAUCUCCCUGACUGUCCUCUUCACCCUCCUUCUCGUUUUCAUCAUAGUCCCAGCCAUUUUUGGAGUCUCCUUUGGUAUCCGAAAGCUCUACAUGAAAACUUUGUUAAAAAUCUUUGCGUGGGCUACCUUAAGAAUGGAGAGAGGAGCCAAGGAGAAGAACCAUCAACUUUACAAGCCCUAUACUAAUGGAAUCAUUGCAAAAGAUCCCACUUCACUAGAAGAAGAGAUCAAGGAAAUCCGUCGAAGUGGGAGUAGUAAGGCUCUGGAUAACACUCCAGAGUUUGAGCUCUCUGACAUUUUCUACUUUUGCCGGAAAGGAAUGGAGACCAUUAUGGAUGAUGAGGUGACAAAAAGAUUCUCAGCAGAGGAGUUGGAGUCCUGGAACCUGCUGAGCAGAACCAAUUAUAACUUCCAGUAUAUCAGUCUUCGGCUCACUGUCUUAUGGGGGUUAGGAGUGCUGAUUCGAUAUUGCUUCCUUCUGCCACUCAGGAUAGCUCUUGCUUUCACGGGGAUUAGCCUUCUGGUGGUGGGCACAACCAUGGUGGGAUACUUGCCAAAUGGGAGGUUUAAGGAGUUUAUGAGUAAACAUGUCCACUUAAUGUGUCACCGGAUUUGUGUGCGAGCCCUGACAGCCAUCAUUACCUACCAUGACAGGAAAAACAGACCUAGAAACGGUGGCAUCUGUGUGGCCAAUCAUACCUCUCCUAUUGAUGUGAUCAUUUUGGCCAGUGAUGGCUAUUAUGCCAUGGUGGGUCAAGUGCACGGGGGACUCAUGGGCGUCAUCCAGAGAGCCAUGGUGAAGGCAUGCCCUCACGUCUGGUUUGAGCGUUCCGAAGUGAAAGAUCGCCACCUGGUGGCUAAAAGGUUGACUGAGCAUGUGCAGGAUAAAAGCAAACUACCUAUCCUCAUUUUCCCAGAAGGAACCUGUAUCAAUAAUACAUCAGUGAUGAUGUUCAAAAAGGGAAGUUUUGAAAUUGGAGCCACAGUUUACCCUGUUGCUAUCAAGUAUGACCCUCAAUUUGGUGAUGCCUUCUGGAACAGCAGUAAAUAUGGGAUGGUGACAUACCUGCUGAGAAUGAUGACCAGCUGGGCCAUUGUCUGCAGUGUUUGGUACCUGCCUCCCAUGACCAGAAAGACAGAUGAAGAUGCCGUCCAGUUUGCCAAUAGGGUGAAAUCCGCCAUUGCCAGGCAGGGAGGACUUGUGGACCUGCUGUGGGAUGGUGGGCUGAAGAGGGAGAAAGUGAAGGAUGCGUUCAAAGAGGAACAGCAGAAGCUGUAUAGCAAGAUGAUUGUUGGGAACCAUGAGGACAGGAGCCGUUCCUGAGUCCUCGCCUCAUGCUGGCUGCAGCCACCACGCCCGAGUCCUGACACAGGAGCCAGCUGGAGUUGUCGCUGCCUCUGCCCCCGCCCCUGCCACUGCCCCCACUGCUGCAUCCUUGUCAGACUCUGGGAUUCCUCGGGACCGCUCUGGAUCCAGGACUCCAGCUUCUCCAGAGCCACACUGGGAUCCCUGGCCCUGAGGCAGCACAGUCUGCCCUUUGGCCAUCUGAAGUGGGUGUAGUGCCCAGGAGGAGAUGCCUUCUUGUUUCUUUUACAAUUAAGUCCAUUGGAAGACUGCCAUUAAAGUCACCUCUCCACCUGUGCACGUUAUGCGGGGCUGCAUGUUAUGGAAGAAUCAGCCACAUUCCCAUGUGAGGGAUGUGAGGGAUGUUACUUUUUCACGGAUGCCCACAUGCCAGGGUUCUUUGGUGGGAGAAGGGUCCAUCCCACUGUUGAGGAGAGGGCGGCUGAGGUAAUGUGACUUUUGCUUCAGCCUAAACAUCACCCCCUCAGCCUUGGAGCUCUGCAGACUUGAUAGAAGGAAAACUGUAGUCUUCAGGGUCUCUCAGCAAAAUGAAGUUUUAAAUUCUUGUGUUACUACCGUUGGGAAGUCACCAAAGGGGAUGGGAACAGGCCAGGUGGGCCACUGACUAGUCUGUGGUGAGAACCAGGAGUCCUUUUGCAUUCAAACUCCAGUGCCGACCUUGAACUCCCCAGGUGACUUGCUCUUUGUUAAUGCGUGCCUCAGUUUCCCUAUCUGUAACAUGGAUCAGGAAGGGGAGGGUGAUGAUACCUACCUCACAGGGUUGUUGUGGGGAUUAAAGUGCUACUAUGAGUGAAGGACAAGUAAUGCUCAGUGUUACAAGUUCAGGCCCAUGAAAGUGGCAAGACGAGGUCUGUGCUCAGAGCUGCUGCACCAGACUUUGGAUUUGUUCUUGUGAGUAAAUAAAAUUGUCUUGGAUGGUGAAUGAAUUGAAGGAUUUUCCCUUCUCUUUUUCUCCCAUAGAUGUAGCCCCAAGUAACAUGUUUCUUAUCAAACUUAAACUUUUCUUACUUGAACUUAACCCUGGGUCUCUAGGGACUCCACUCCCUUCUAGAAUGAGGACUGGUAUUGUUCAGAAGAAGGUAAAUUACUCACAUCAGAUAUAUGUGUAUCUCCAUUCAGAGAUGCAUGGGGUUCAUUUAGAGUUUCCAGCAUAGACUAAGAUGUGGAUUAUGGGAGCAUGGAGUUAGAAGCAUGUAAUGGAGGGACCGUUUUAUUGAAUUGGGGUUAAGAAUGGAAGCAGGCAGGGGCAGUCUGAAUAUAAGGGGUUGAUGGGAAGAAACAAGUAAAUAUAAGGGGAAAGAUGGGAGCAGGAGGCUCUGGAAAGGGUUAACGAGAGUGGUGGGAUCGGCAGGUGGGCAUUCAGUGUCCCUUGGGCGUCCAUGCUGUGGCUUCCCUCCAGCCAGAGGGGAGGCUGCAGCCCUCACAGGCCUCCUGUGCCCGGCUCACCCUCCUAGUAAAGGGAGGGCCAAAGCCAGACAACCCUUGUCGGUUCUUGCUUCUGGGGUGCACCAAUUUUAAAUCGGUCGGAAGGGAGAGUUGUCUCACCCCUAUCAUUCAUCCACCCACCCACCAAGCCCCUCCUCUCCCCAUCCAUGGCACGGUCAUGACCCUUUCAGGAUUUUGAGCCGGCGUGGUUAAGUGUCACGUCCCCCAGGUUGCACCCUGGCCCUGGGAUUUGGGGGUGGGGGUGGAGGUGAAACCUCAUUCCUAAGGCUACUGAACAGAUAUCACUUUGUCAAGGACCCCAUCUUAUCUCACCCCUCAGUCUGUCUCUCACUCCAGCUGCCUUCCUCCUACUCCCUGAAUAGCCUCCCAUUUCCUCUUAAUUGUCCUUUUGCAAACCAAUGAAAAAUUUCAUCUUUUUUCUCUAAAGAAACACUGUUAUGACUAUAAAAACAGCAUCUCCUGAGCUGUUUUACAAAAUGUUUAAGGAAAAAAAAGUGGUUUUCAUCCUUUACAGGAAUGAUAUUUAGUGUUUAAAAGCUAUCUGGAAUGAUCUUUAAAAAUUGGGUCUUUAAAAGUCAAGUUCCCUUUGAAAAAAGAGACUGCUCAGAUUCCUUCUAUUUAGUACUAUUUCAUGAUUUAUAAAGCUGUAUUUUAUAUUUUGUUUUUGUUUUUAUUUUCUCACAUUCUGUUCAGCAAACAACCUAGCAGGGUGCUGCAAGGACCCAGUUUAGAAUCACUGCUAUGUAAAGAAGUUCCUGUGGAGACUUAAGGAAUGGCUGUUUCACUUUUACUGACAGUGAGGGGAACAGAUAUGAAUUACAUCCACAAAAAUAAAAUCUCUAAACUUUC